AUGGCUCCCUGGACGCGUUUGGCCCUCGUGCCACUUGUCGCACAGGCAGUCCUAGUGUCUCCUAUGCCAGAUGCUGAUCCUGAUACCGUCGAACUGAAUCGACGCGACGCGGCAGAAGGCUAUAACUCCCCUCCGUUCUAUCCCACACCCCAUAGCGGGUGGGAGUCUGACUGGACCGCGGCCUAUGAAAAGGCGCAGCAGGUAGUUGGCAAUAUGACACUAGCAGAGAAGGUCAACCUGACCACCGGGACGGGUUUCUACAUGGGCCCCUGUGUCGGCCAAACUGGCAGUGCGCUGCGGUUCGGCAUCCCGAAUCUCUGUUUACAAGAUUCCCCCUUGGGUAUCCGGAAUUCGGACCAUAAUACCGCAUUUCCGGCCGGUAUCACGGUCGGAGCGACGUUCAACAAGAAUCUCAUGUAUGCACGGGGACGAGCCCUGGGCGAGGAAUCCCGAGGUAAGGGCGUCAAUGUACAGCUAGGCCCCGUGGUUUGUCCACUUGGACGAAAGCCUCGAGGAGGUCGCGGUUGGGAGGGCUUUGGAACGGAUCCCACGCUGCAAGCCUUUGGAGCCGCGUAUACGAUCAAGGGCAUGCAAAGCACUGGUACAAUUGCCACCAUUAAGCACUUUAUCGGCUAUGAGCAGGAAAUGUAUCGCAUGAGCACCGUCCUUACCAAGGGCUAUUCGUCGAAUAUCGACGACCGUACCCUGCAUGAGCUCUACUUGUGGCCUUUUGCUGAGGGUGUCCGUGCCGGUGUCGGCUCUUUGAUGACUGCCUACAAUUCUAUCAAUAGCUCUGCUGCAAGCCAGAACAGCAAGCUCAUUAACGGAAUUCUCAAGGACGAGCUUGGCUUCCAGGGAUUCGUUAUGUCGGAUUGGCUGGGCCAGUACGCCGGUGUGGCAUCCGCGCUUGCUGGUCUCGAUAUGGCUAUGCCCGGUGACGGUGCUGUUCCUCUGUUUGGAGACAGCUACUGGGCCUCCGAGCUGUCUCGUUCUGUUCUGAACGGCAGUGUUCCGGUAGGCCGACUUAAUGACAUGGUUACUCGAAUUGUGGCGGCGUGGUACAAAAUGGGCCAGGAUAAAGACCACCCUCUGCCCAACUUCUCGACCAAUACCCUGGAUAAGACUGGCCCUCUCUACCCCGGUGCUUUAUUUUCUCCCAGUGGUAUUGUCAACCAGUUUGUUAACGUUCAGGCUAACCACAACGUCACCGCGCGAGCUGUCGCCCGUGAGGCGAUUACCCUGCUGAAGAACGAGGAUGAUAUCCUUCCACUUCGACGCAAUGACUCCCUCAAGAUCUUCGGCACAGAUGCAGGUGCUAACCCUGAUGGCCUGAACUCAUGCUCUGAUCAAGGAUGCGACAAGGGAGUUCUGACUAUGGGAUGGGGCAGUGGAACCUCGAGACUUCCUUAUCUCAUCACUCCCCAAGAAGCCAUCGCGAACAUAACUAAGAAUGCUCAGUUCUACAUUACGGACUCGUUCCCCUCUGAUGUGACUGCCGGCGCCAAUGAUAUCGCUGUUGUUUUCAUCAACGCGGACUCUGGUGAGAACUACAUUACCGUCGAAGGCAACCCUGGAGACCGCACCGUGGCUGGUCUAUACGCCUGGCACAAUGGCGACAACCUCGUCAAGGCCGCUGCAGAGAAAUUCUCAAAUGUGGUUGUUGUUUACCACACUGUUGGUCCCGUGAUCAUGGAGGAAUGGAUUAAUCUCGAGUCCGUCAAGGCUGUGCUUGUGGCACACCUCCCCGGCCAAGAAGCGGGCGACUCACUUACUGAUGUUCUUUUCGGUGACUAUAGUCCCAGUGGCCACAUGCCUUACACGAUCCCACGCAGUGAAUCAGACUAUCCCGCUAGCGUAGGCCUUAUCAACCAGCCAUUUGGCCAAAUCCAGGAUACUUUCACCGAGGGAUUGUACGUGGACUACCGCUACUUCAUGAAGGCCAACAUCGCCCCGCGGUAUCCCUUUGGCCACGGACUGUCAUAUACUACUUUCAACAUCUCCAGCCCAACUUUGACCCAGGUGACUGCUCUCGAUAGCGCCUAUCCUCCCGCAGCACCUCCCAAUGGACCCACCCCUGUAUACAACGAUGCAAUCCCUGCCGCUUCCGAGGUCGCCUGGUCAUCCACAAAGUUCACCCGCAUCUGGCGCUACCUCUACCCUUACCUGGACAAUCCGGAGUCCAUUACCGCGUCCGGUGACUACCCCUACCCCGAUGGCUACUCCACAACACCCAAGCCCCGAGCGCGCGCUGGCGGCGGCCAGGGCGGAAACCCGGCGUUAUUUGACGUCUCGUUCUCCGUCAACAUUGAGGUGAAGAAUACUGGAUCUCGGCGGGGUAAGGCUGUUGCGCAACUUUACGUUGAGCUGCCGUCUAGCUUGGGCCUUGACACCCCGCAACUUCAGCUACGUCAGUUUGAGAAGACCAAGGAGUUGGCACCUGGGCAAAGCGAGACUCUCACUCUCACUGUUACUCGCAAGGACCUGAGUGUUUGGGAUGUAGAGGUCCAGGACUGGAAGGCGCCAGUCAACGGCGAAGGUGUCAAGCUUUGGAUCGGUAACAGCGUUGCUGAUCUUCCCAUCGUUUGCACUAUUGGCGAGGGAUGCUCUUCACAGUGA